AGGAGCCCAAACAGUUGCAGAGAUGGCUGUGCAGCUUAACUGUGCCCAAAGAUCACCAGCAUCCGUCCCCUCUGUGUUUCGUCAUAACGGUUUCCUGACUUUAUACACGCUAGAGCUAGGGUUUCUCUCGCAUGUAAAAAAGAUGGAUUUCACCGGUAUUGAUGGCGGAGGAGGAGAAGAACGAGAUCGCUCUCAUGUGGUGGAAUUAGUGACGUCCACGGAAGGUUCCGAUUCAGCUUCGGAGGACCAGAUAAUCCCUCUUUUAUCGCAAUUGGAUAAGCCCAAAAUCAAUAUCUUUUCUGUUUCUUACCCUAGGCGAAAAGCCAACAAGGACCAAAUUGCUAGAUUAAUUGAAACAGAAACGUCAGCAUUUACACAGUUUAUUAUGUGGGUAUGGAGUGGAUCUAGGUAUUCGGGUUUGCUAUGCAUGGCAUUGUCAUCUUCUAUCUACUGUAUCAUGGAAGUUCUGCUGGAUGUUUGCUCUGCUCAAGCAAUUCCUCUUUUUGAGAUAGCAUUUACAAGAUGUGUAAUUAUCACAGUAUUAUCGUUCAUGUGGUUACGAAGAAGUGGAGAACCAAUAUUUGGACCUGCAAAUGUCAGGAAUCUUUUAGUAUCAAGGGCUAUUACUGGAUGUAUAUCUUUGUUAACUUUCAUCUACUGUAUUCAGAUAUUACCUCUGUCUCAAGCUAUGAUAUUAAGCUUCACAACUCCAAUAAUGGCCUCAGUUGCAGCACGAUUCAUUUUACAUGAGAAUUUGAAAAUAGCAGAAAUUGCAGGUAUUGCUUUCAGUUUCUUUGGUGUGCUCUUUAUACUCGUAUCGGCUAUCAGCAUAGAAGGAGCAUCGACAAACAUUGGAGAAGCUAAAGCUUCAAGUAUCCAUGGACUACGCCAUGUUUUUGCAGUUUUGAUUGGUCUAGUGUCAUCAUUGGCUGGUGGAGUGAGUUACUGCCUUGUAAGGGCUGGAGCAAAGGCGUCUGACCAACCCGUGGGCACUAUAUUUUCGUUUGGCCUAUGCGCUAGUCCUGCUGCAGCAAUAUGCAUGAUCACCACCGAAGACUUUGUGCUGCCUAGCUUCUACUCGUUCAUUCUUAUGAUCGUUCUUAGCAUAUUGGCUUUUUUUGCUGAGUUGUUUCUGGCACGUGGGCUUCAGCUCGAGAAAACCAGCAAAGUUGCAAAUAUUCAGUACCUUGAGGUUGCAUUAUUCCAGUUAUGGGGGAUGGGAUCAUCGCGAGUAGGCUUAUCGUUUGGUAGACUUGUUGGAUGCUUUCUUGUAUUUGUUUCCGCUUCUUGUACCGUAUACUUCGGACCCGAAAAGGAGAUGGAGUAAGAUGUGUGUGUCCUUUAUGUCUUACAAAG